AACAGAUUAUUAUAUUUCGUUCGUUUGGUUAGAUAUAUUGUAUCCCAUCACGCUUUGCAAAUUGGGACUUGGAAUCACGUGAUAUUCGUUUGACUACAUUGACGCCUGAAGUGAACAUUGAUACUGUGUUUAGUCUUUAGAAAAAAAAAGAUUCUUAAUCUUUGUUUCUUGGAACAAAAAUGUCUCGCAGAGGUUAUAAUGGAAGCCCUUGGCAACAGGGAGGACCAAAUUUUGGAGUAAACCAAAUGGGUCUGGGCUUUGGCAACAUGUUAGGCAUGAUGAAUAUGGAGAGAUUAAUGAGAGGAACUGGUGGUGGAUUUGGUGUUGGUAUGGGAUUUGGCAUGAGUAAUGGAGGAAUGGGUAUGAACCAGAUGAUGGGAUUACUUGAACCUGUCAGCAGGAAUGAAAGAAUGGGUAUGAUUGAUCAAGGAAAUCAAAGAAACAGGUUAAGAGGGAGAGGAAGACUUGAUUCAGGAAGAAAUCAAAUGAGAAGACGAUCAUCACAGCAGCAAAGUCCUGGUGCUGGAGGUCAACGACGGAGACCAGCACAGCAGCAAGGACCUCGAGGAGGACAAAGAAAACGGCCAAUGCAGCAAAGUCCUGGUGGAGGUUCUCGUCCUAAACAACAAAACCUUGGUGGAGGCCAAGGACAAAAAAAUCGACAAGAGAGCAAAAAUGAGGGUGAUGAAAAAGAAGGACAAGAAGUUUACAAUCCAGCUAGUCCUACUAGUGAUGAUGCUGAGCAGAGAUUCCGAAAUCAAGUGAAUGGCCAGAACCAAAAUAUAAGCACGGACCAGCAGGCAAAGGGCGAGGUUAAAGUGGCCAACGAAAUGAGAAGAAGAAAGGGUCAGGACCGAAAUACUUUCUAUUGUACUGUAUGCGAACGGGAAUACCGUGGCAGCUUUCUUCAGCACAGAAAGACCAGCAAGGAACAUAGAAAAAACCGGGACAGGAAAUAUCCAAAGUGUAGGUUGUGCAGAAAGUCGUUUAACAGUCAGGCAGAACUUCAGCAGCAUCAGAAGACUGCUAAACACAAAAAGAGCGAAGACAGUAACUGGAAUGAUGAGAAAGAGACUAAAGAUGAUGAGGUUACUGCCAGUGAUUCAGAGGAUAAAGAAGAAGAGAAAAAUGACGAAGAUGGAGAAGGCACUCAAGCAGUUGGCCGAAAUUAUGUUGUGAAAGUGAAAGGAUUUUUCUGCAAGAUUUGUCAUAAGUUUUUUAAAGACUCAAAUUCUGCAGCUAAUGCCCACUGCAAAACUGAAGAACAUCACAAAAAUUAUGAUAAAAUUCAAGAAGCUAUUGAAAAACGAAAAGCUGUGGAAGAGGCUAAGAAAAAAGCUGAAGAAGAGGAAGCAAAAAAGAAAGCUGAAGAAGAUAUUGAAAUGCAACCCGAGUUGAAUGGAAAAGAAAAAGCAGAUGAUGAGGCUCAAGAAAAGAAAGAACCAACUACAGAUGAAAAAAAAACAGAUGUAGGAAAAGAUGAAAAGACUGAAGAAUGUCAAGAAAUAUCAGAGGAACAAAAUGAACUAAAUACUGCUGAAAAGGAUACAAUCGAGGUAGACAAAAGCACUGAGAAAGCCAUAAAAGAAGAAGAAAAAAAAAGUAAAGCUGAUGAGGAAGAAGGAGAAAAUCUUGUUUCUUCAAAUGAUGAGAAGCAGGAUAAAAAUGAAGAAGACAAAAAACCUUUACACUUGAAAGAUGAGAAGCAAGGAGAAAAUGAAAAGCCUGUUACUUCAGAAUUGAAUAAGAACCUUGAACCAGUUGAUGUAGACCUUCAGCCACCACCCCAAGAGAAAGAAGAUGACAAACAAGCUGAACCAAAUCUAGUGACAGACACGAAUGAAAAUGUAGAGCUUGUUUCUACAGUUUCUACUCAGGUAGGUACCAAAGAUAAAGGAGCGAAGGUCACUAAAAGUGAAAAUACACAGGAUGCUGUUGAAGAAGAGGAGGAGGAAGAAGAUGGAGAUGAUGCUGAUACCAGCAAGGAAAUCACAUCCCCGUCGACUGCUACCAGAAACCGUGGAAAGGCCCGUGGUCGAGGCAGAGGACGAGGAAGAGGAAAAAGGAAUUCCUGAGAAUGUUAAGUUCUCAUUUUGUUCACAUGGGAGUUUGCUUUAUUCACAUCAAAUAUUCAUUUAAAAACAAUGACACUUUCCAACUUCAGUUUUUAUACUUGUUGCUGUAGUUUGUUCUUAACUUCAAUUCUUAGUCUGUACAAACAUUGAGUAUUACUGUUUAAAUUGUUUUUGUUUUCUUGCUCAUUUUUAGUUGCAUGUAGGGGAGAUUAAUGUCAAAAAUACUGAAAAAAAAACUUGUUUUGUGAUUUUGUCAAAUUUCUCAUCUGUAUUUUAUGGCAAAAUGAGACAUUCUGUUAAGAAUAAUGGUUAAGAGGUGCGUACACAAACAUAUAAAAGACAAGUGUUUCGUUUAACACUGUACAGUGAAAAAACCUUUGACUUGUGUUUGUGCUUUAGUUUGGUAUUUUGACAUCUGAAUAAGUCGGUGUGGAUAUUGAAUUUUUGUUUUUGGCCAAUAAAGAAAUGUAAGUUUGUCUGUCA